ACCGUUCUAAUAUGAGUGGGCUCGUUCAUCUCAACAUCAAUGCAGACCUCUUGCGUUGCCUGCCAAAAGAGUUCAGCAUGCUUCACUCUCUGAGAAUCCUCUACUUGCAGGCACCUUCUCUCACUUCCCUGCCCAAAAACCUGGGCAAACUCAGCAAUAUGCAGGAUUUGGAGCUUAUGGAGUGCGAGAUUUUGUCAUCAUUACCUGAUUCAAUCGGGCACCUGUUGCAGUUAACCAGCUUCGAGACCCGUGGCUGCCAAGACCUUGCCUCCCUCCCUCACUCCAUCUGCCAAUGCACUUCCUAAGAAAACUUCGGCUCGCUGUGCCAG